CCCGCCCCGGUCCGGCCAGUUCCCCGAGACAACUGAGCGAGUGCGGACCGCGGCGCGUGUGUUUGUGGAGUGAGCGUGCGCGGCACGUGCGCGGCGUGAGUGCCAGACUGAGUGCGAGAGAGUGCGACUGUGUACAGUGGGUGACAGUGUGAAAGUGACAAGAUGCAGCGCCCGCACAAGGAUCAUUAGAGGGAUUACCACACUUCGAGAAUGCGAACGAGGAUGUCCGGAAGGCUCAAACGGAGAUACCCAUCACCAGAAAAUCAUAGAUAGUACGCGAAGACGGUGGGGGAAUGGCCCCCGCGCUGCCCGCCCUGCCCCUCCUCGGGAGCGGGGGGGCAUCCAUGGCCCUAGGGCUUGUCCCACUCAUCGCAGUCGGAAUGGUCUUCAUGAGGUACACCGCUGUCGACCCCGAGUCCAGGCCUAUCGACAUCAGAGAGGUGCUGCCCGUCUACGACUUCGUCAUCGUGGGCGGCGGUUCGGCCGGCGCGGUCCUGGCCAACAGGCUGUCCGAGGUGUCCGACUGGAACGUGCUCCUGCUCGAGGCCGGCGGUGACGAGACGGAGAUCUCGGACGUACCUUCCCUGGCCGGCUACCUGCAGCUCUCCGACCUGGACUGGCAGUACAAGACGUCCCCGCCAGGCGGUGACGCAGCGUACUGCCUGGCGAUGAAUGGAGACCGCUGCAACUGGCCGCGCGGCAAGGUGCUGGGCGGCUCCUCCGUGCUCAACGCCAUGGUCUACGUGCGCGGCAACCGCCACGACUACGACAACUGGGAGCAGCUGGGCAACCCGGGCUGGGGCUACGACAGCGUGCUGCCCUACUUCAAGAAGAGCGAGGACAACCGCAACCCGUACCUGGCGCGCACGCCCUACCACUCCACGGGCGGCUACCUGACGGUGCAGGAGGCGCCCUGGCGCACGCCGCUCUCGCUCGCCUUCGUGCAGGCCGGCGUCGAGCUGGGGUACCCCAAUCGGGACAUCAACGGCGCCAAGCAGUCCGGCUUCAUGCUGACGCAGCUGACGGUGCGGCGCGGGUCGCGCUGCUCCACGGCCAAGGCCUUCCUGCGCCCGGUGCGCCUGCGCAACAACCUGCACGUCGCCCUCAAGGCCCAGGUCCUCAAGGUGCUCAUCGACCCCGGGGGCAAGGGCGCCAUCCCCUUCGCGUACGGCGUGCAGUUCGUCAGGGGCAACCGCAAGCAGGUGGUCCGCGUCCGCAGAGAGGUCAUCCUCUCUGCGGGGGCCAUAGCGUCGCCGCAGCUCCUUAUGGUGUCCGGGGUGGGCCCGCGCGCGCACCUUCAGGAGCUCGGCAUCCCCGUCGUGUCCGACCUGAAGGUGGGCCACAACCUCCAGGACCACGUCGGCCUCGGCGGGCUCACGUACAUCAUCGACGAGCCCGUCACUUUAAAGAAGUCGCGCUUCCAGACGGUGGGCGUCGGCCUCGAGUACAUCUUCAACGAGCGGGGGCCGCUCACGACGAGCGGCGUCGAAGGUCUCGCCUUCGUCAACUCCAAGUACGCCAACAAGUCCAUCGACUUUCCCGAUAUCCAGUUUCACUUUGCGCCCAGCUCCAUCAACUCGGACGGUGGCGAGCAAAUUCGCAAAAUUCUCGGGCUCCGGGACCGCGUGUACAACACCAUGUACAAGCCGCUGGUGAACGCAGAGACGUGGACCAUCCUGCCGCUGCUGCUGAGGCCCAAGAGCUCGGGCUGGGUGCGCCUCAAGAGCCGCAACCCGCUGCACUACCCGCUCAUCGAGCCCAACUACUUCGCGCACCGCGAGGACAUCCAAGUGCUGGUCGAGGGCAUCCGCAUCGCCAACGCCGUGUCCAACUCGUCCGCCUUCCAGCGCUUCGGGUCCCGGCCGCUCACCACGCCGAUGCCCGGCUGUCGCCAGCACACCUUCGACACGGACGCGUACUGGGAGUGCGCCAUCCGGCACUUCACCUUCACCAUCUACCACCCGACCGGCACCUGCAAGAUGGGGCCGCUGUCCGACCCGGACGCCGUGGUGGACCCGCGCCUCCGCGUGUACGGCGUGCAGCGGCUGCGCGUCGUGGACGCCUCCAUCAUGCCCCAGAUCGUGUCCGGCAACCCCAACGCGCCCGUCAUCAUGAUCGGGGAGAAGGCGGCCGACCUGAUCAAGGAGGACUGGGGCAUCAAAGUGACGUAGAUGAGAAGGAUACGCUGUAUCUUCCUGUUUUGCGGAUUAUGGGCCACAUGCCAUGAUACAAGUCGGGUGGCGGGUCGUGGUCGAAUUUUCCUCCACCCUUCAUGCAAUUUACCCCGAUGCUAGUCACGGUUGGAAUGUAAGGAAAAGGUAAACGGACUAUUUCACACCGCCUCGGCGGUUAACAUAAGCUCAAUGCACAAAAAGAAAUCUCCCACGUCUUCUUCAAAAGAAACACUCAUACCGCAUCGGUAUAAUCAAACACAUGUGCCAACAAUUGAGUGAUAUCUCUCACAAAAAGCCAUAGAUCGAAUUUGCUCCAAAAAUUUUAACAAACUAAGAGACUGACGGCUAUAACCUGACUCCACUGCGUAACAUAAGAUGCUGUGCGGUGAUAAAGUUAACUUUAUCCCUUUAUCCCCUUUUCUACGUAUAUUUAUUUGCAAUAUGUCAAGAUUCUUCAAUACAACACCUGUUAAUGUGGUAAAAGUUUACUAUCUAUGCAUGACAUUGACCUAAUAGCAUAAGUUUAGAAAGUAGAAAUGCCAGUGUUAUUUAUUUCGCUCUUAUAGUGGUAAUUGUAAAUAAAUUGAUUUAAAAAAAAAUGUUAA